GUGUGUGCGUGUGCGUGUGUGUGUGUGUGUGUAGACGUCCAUGUCUCUGCUGGACUCCAGCGCCCUGCGUUCCAGAGUGCAGCUGAGUAAGAAGCGCAACAGGAGAGCCCCUCCCUCCAGAGCCGCCCGCCACAGCGCACUGCUGUCCUCCCUCCCAGAGCACCAGUACAAGGACACCACAGACGAGAAGGUUGGGCCGUGUGAGCAGGAGGAUUCCGACUCUGAGGAGAAGCUCCGAGGCGCCCCCUCUCCCUCCUCCUCUUCCUCUCAGCCCCAGAGAGUGGCCCUGUUCCCAGGCAUGGACCCCUCGGCCCUCAAGGCCCAGUUGAAGAAGCGAGGUGACUCUGAUGGUCCACCAGAGGGUGCUGUUGCUCCAUCUCCAUCUCAGCUCUCUCGCUCCCCGAAGUCACCCUUCCUGCCGCGUGCCUCUCGAGUCCUCCCCCCUCCCACUGCAGGCAAAGAGAACGGGGAAGAGGCUUCACCCCAGUGGCUGAAAGAACUCAAGUCUAAGAAGCGUUUGAGUCAGUAUGAAAAUGACGGAUAAGUCUCAGAAGCAGGUUGCCUUAAAACGAGAGACUCAAGACAGAAGCCUUAACCUUUGACCUUGAGUUGACAUGGAUUUCCACUGCUGCUGCUGACGACAACAUUGACGGUGUCAAUCACAUUUUUUUCUUUCCGUUUCUGUCUCUGUCCCUCCUGCCUGAGUCACCCACAUGCGCAUGGUGCCUUUAUGGUAGAAAACCUCUAGUAGUCUCAUGGACACAUGAACAAAACCACAGGCACACAACUGUGUCUUUCUUGUCUCGGUGUGUUCGUCAUACCUGAAGGUCUUUUACAAAGUGUCCUGUCAGACUGUUUGUAUAGUCACUUUAGUCUCUUCUGUGAUCAGAUUCAAGAGUGGGGUAGGAACAAACUCCCCAGAACUUUGUUGUAAUCAGGAGCAAUUAGCCUGCAGCACCACAACUCCUGUUAACCUGGAAAUGCUUCUGAAAUCAGAAGGAUAAUCCAGUCACUCCAUUGUUUAACUGUCAAUGUAUGUAAGUAUGUUGUUGUUGUUGUUUUCUGUUAACUGGUUGUAUGUAAACAUUUUGAUUUAUUCUUGUUGUAAUUUGUAAAUCAAGGGAUGAUUGAGACAAUCAUCUGAAGCAUUUGCCAUAGGAUCACGGGACUGGUUUAUAAUUCCCAAGGACUACAAACAUGAAAAAUGAUGGUGUUGUCCCUGAGAUCACUGUCAGAGAGACUGUAUAGUGUAUGUGUUGGCAAUAAAGUAAAACUGUAAUCAUGAAAUGCUAUAUUUGUAUUUUUGCUGGUUUGGGUAACUGAGUUACAUUAAAUGAUGCUGAGAAAUGUG